AUGGUGGUUCAUCAGUGGCAGCAUCUGAAGAUGCUUAAGAGGGCUGAAAGAGGGCAUGAUCCUGCUGGUAUUGAAGCCACGAAGGCCGGUGAGUGCGUGGUAGAGUGCCCUGCGUGUCUCCACCCCGGUAUUAAUCUCGAAGAUGGCUGGGAAACCGAGUCCGAAGAGACCAGAUGGGCCAAUCGUAAGAUUAUCACCAUCGAUGCGUGCUUCUGCCUCAAGCUCAAGGAGUGCGGUUUCAAGGAUCCUGAGCUAGGCUCCGGCUGGGUGUAUUUUGUCAUGGAGGAUGCGUACCAGGAUUAUCUGAGAACGUGUAAGGAUCAGCGUGAGAUCACGACGUGCGAGUCAGAGCUCAACGCUGUCAAGCAGGCCUACAGUAAAGGGACAAACAGUGGCCUCAGUGUGACCGGCGUUGUAGGCGUGAAGUGUGCAUGCCAUUGUUUCGUCCUUCCCAACAGUAUUGGCGAUCUACAGAAGGGGGAGAGAUAUUGCAACGUCGACUACACCAUCUUGUCGGCACUCAAAGUCAGCCGCAAGACACAAGAGCAAAAAGCUGUGCCCGACCUCGAUUUUUCUUACAACAUUGCAUGCAACUGGUAG